AAAAAACAGGCAAAAUCACUUCUUACACAACUGGCUUUGCUGUUGACAAAAGAGAUAUGUGUGUGUGUGCACUGGAAGGCACCAAAAGACGUACAUGCAGAACUUCACAGGCGUAAUAUCACAACUAUGGCAGGCUCGCCCAGUCCUCUGACCACACACGUGCUGAACACUGCAGCAGGAGUUCCAGGGUCAAACAUGACCAUAAAACUGUAUCAACAAGACUCUGUAACUAAAGUCUGGCAACUGAUAAACACAGGUACCACUAAUGAUGAUGGACGAUGCCCAGGACUCAUCACAAAACAGCAAUUUAUACCUGGCGAGUACAAAAUGCAUUUUGAAACUGCUCGGUAUUGGGCAGGUAUGGGAGAGAGUUCAUUUUACCCUUAUGUAGAGAUUGCUUUCACUAUAACUGACGCAGACCAAAAAUACCAUGUCCCCUUGCUUGUGAGUCGCUUCUCCUACAGCACAUACAGAGGAAGCUAAAGAUCAAGUGUGUGAGGAGACCCUCCUGUCACAUGACCUUGUUUGGAGCAAGCUUCAACAUAGAUGGCCAUAAAUACCAUGUGGCUGUGUUGCAAGAAUAACUGGCAGCUGUCUUCAGUGUUUUCUACUCGUAAAUGUCAUAUUUCAUAAAUUUAACUAUAAUAUGAUAAAUAUUGGACUUAAAAUGCUCAUCAAACUGACGUUGAUGUAGAUUCUUCUUUAUCCAAGACACAGAAAUUCAAUGAGUAAUCAUUUUAAAAAGACUGGACAUUCCAACUCUCAUUCAAAAACAUUCUUCACUUCUCAGAACUGCUGUGAUGAGUUCUCAUAUCUCUAAGUAAAAUAUAGACUAAAAAAUGUAUCAUGUAGUACAAUAACUGGAGAAAGUACUUCAAAAUAUCAUGAUCAUGAAAUUAAAAGCUCAUCUCUUAAUGGCUAUGUGUAUUUGGGAUGGAUUUAAUGUACCUACAGUGUGAAACACAUCAUACACAAACACUGCGAUUUAAAUUGUAUUGAAACUAACUCUGUUGCUAUGGUUCAAACAGGCUGUGUAUAUGAAAAGAGAAAUAAAAAUACAUAUUUGUAUUUUAAAGUUC